AUGUAUACAAGAUUAAAACAGCUGGACAAUGAGAAAAAGCAACAACCACCAACUGAAACUAAGAAUGUAGUGUAUAAAAUUCAAUGUACUUGUAGCAAUAAUAAAUAUUAUAUAAGAGAAACAAAGAGGAAGUUAAAAACCAGACUAAAAGACCAUAUAGCAGAUCUGAAAUAUAAUAGAUUAAAUUCUGCCUUUCAUAAUCAUUGCACCAUGAAUGACUGUACAAUAGAUAAAGAUAAUAUACAAAUACUCCGCAAAGAAAAAGAAACAUAUAGGGGAAGGGAGGGCAAGAUGGAAGGGGUGGGCAAGAUGGAAACUACACCCCGAACCGCGCGACGAAGCACCCAAAUCUCCAUGCACACAGAGACACCCGAAUAUCUUGUAUUUAUGAACUGCGACUCAGAUCGGUUGGUGCCACGAAGUGACUUGUGCAAGUAUUUCUUAUUUCGCAGCAGAUUAUUAUGCAAUCAUUGGACUUUUGCAGUGUUCUUAUUUAUACAUACAAGAAUUUCCAAAAUGGCAGAAACCACACUUGAAAAAACAACGGAAACAGGUGCAAUAUCGCCACGUGGCUGCACUUUAAUCACAGAAUUGCCAGAAAUAAUAAUUCAUAUAUUUCAAUACUUGAAAGAUGGAGAAUUAGAUGUAUGCAGGCAAGUGUGUACCAAAUGGAGAGAUAUCAUCGAAAACAUAAUGUAUCACCGAGUAACAAUGAUGACAAGGAAAAUUCCUUUUAAUAUAAUAAUCACCGCAAUGCACGAAUCGGAAAAUUUACGUCCCUACGUUGGUUUCGACGACAAUUUUCAAUACAGUUGGUUCGUUUUAGGAGAUAAAUCUGAUCGUCCAGUUCUGACUACAGAUGAUCUUAACCGAUUCAAAACACCUACACUUGAGCCUAUUCCAAGUCAUAAGUAUACGUACUUUAUGCAUUCAUACAAUCUCUGCGAAUCGGAAAAACUACGUCCCUACACCGGGUUCGACGAACAUUUUCAAUACAAUUGGUUCGUUUUCGGAGAUGAACCUAAACGUAAGAUUCACUCUACUUAUAAUCGUAACGAAUUCGUGGAAUCUAUGUAUACACGUGAUACGUCUUCAAGUCGUAAAUAUAUGGAAUUUACGCAUGCAUUGUGUAAAAAUGCAGACACACACAUUUUUCCUGAACAUUAUAAGUUCUCAUCAAUAGAAGAAACAACCGAAAUACAAAUAUUAAUGUUUCCAAACAUUACGGGUUUUGAUAUUUUUAAUUAUCCGUUUGCAUUCUUUGGAAACGAAUCUAUAUUUUAUGACAAGUCAGAUUUAAAGAAGGAAAUAAAGAAUGUAUGCCACAAAAUGAAUAUUCCGGACGAAGAAAUAAAAUGUGUUAUCUUCUACAAAGAUUUUGCAGUAUAUUCGUACCAAGACAAAACUAAACCUUCUAUAAACUUUUCAAUUCACAGAGAUGUGGGCAGGCUAACAAUAUUUUAUGGAGAGAGAGUGAAUGCUUUUUCUGUUUAUAUUUAUGAAUUUAAGUCUGGUUAUACGACAAUCAAAGAGAAAUUGGAAAGGCUGAAACAUUCUGUACUCAAAAUGGUAGAGAAGAGAUGUUUCGCGUAUAUUUUCCAUGAAGCAUGUAUAGAGUGCAUCGAUACAGCAACUCGAGCAUUUAGAGAAGUGUUUCAUCUAAUGAAUUAUGUUACAUAUAACUUUUUACCCUUGUAUUUAUCAAUCAUUCCAAGCAAAAAGGAGUUUUUUCAUGUAGAGGAGGACGAUUUCAUUCCCUGCACUACAUUAAUGGUUUUCGUGUGGUGGGAAUAA